AUGUCUGCCCCCGAAACCGCCGCCGCUGCCGCCCCAGUUGAAGAGGUCAAGCCUACCGAAACCCCUGCCGUCGAGCCCGUUGUCGAGGCGCCCAAGGUUGAGGAAACACCUGCCCCUGCCGCCGCUGAGCCUGCCGUUGAGCCUGUUGUCGCUGAACCGGCCGCUGUCGAGCCCAAGGUCGAAGAGACCGCUCCAGCCGUCGUUGAUACCCCUGAAGUCAAAGCUGACGAGACACCGGCUGAAGCUGCAAAGACGGAAGAAGUGAAGUCUGACGCUGCACCUGCCGAAGAAGCCAAGACUGACGACAAGACCGACGCUACUGCUGACGCCAAAGCCCCACGCCCCAAGAGCCCGAGUUUGCUUGCCAAGCUGCUCGCUCCGUUCAAGAACGAGAAGACCAAGGGCGAGAAGAAGGUCAAGGCGCCCGCCAAGUCGCCUAAGAAAGAGAAGAAAAAGGAAGAGGCUGCACCUGCCGUCGAGGAAGCCGCCAAAGAGGAAGUUGCUGCUGAGCCCGCUGCCGCCACCGAGGAGCCCGCCAAAGUAGAGGAGCCUGUCGCUGCUCCCGCUGAGCCUGUCAAGGAGCCUGAGGUCGCCGCUGUUGCUGAGCCAGUUGCCGAGGCUCCCGCUGCUGAGGCCCCCAAAGAGGAGGCAAAGGAAGAGACCAAGAAGGACGACGUCAAGAAGGCUGCCAAGGUCUCCCGCCGUCUCUCUGCUCGUGUCGGCGACUUCUUCAAGUCAAAGCCCAAGACUGAAGUUGUCCCUCCUGCCAAAGUUGACGAGAACCCCCCGAAAAUCGAGGAGCCUGCCCCAGUUGCACCUCUCGAGAACCCCGCUGACGAGGCCAAGCCGGAAGCGGCGAAGACCGAGGAGCCUGCUGCCCCCGUCGUCGAGGAGGCCAAGCCAGUGGAGACGACGACACCAGUUGUCGCUGCUACCGCCUAA